UGGAGGAGAAUAUGGCGCUGUUUCAAGAAUCCGUAUAAACAAUGAUACACAAGGCUUCGUCGCUCUGCUUACAUCAGCCUCCAAAGCCUUUCCUGUCCUCCACCAAGUACAGCCAGGAUGAGUUAUCCUCCCCCUCCCCCGGGCUUCAUGCCUCCACCAGGGAUGAAUCCUGCGACUCAAGCUUCUGGAUCGAGGAUGCCUCCAGAAGUCAUCGCACAAAAGUCCAUGAAGUGGAAACAAAUGCAGAGGAAGAGAUAUGGUGAAAAGCGGCGGGGUGGAUAUGUGGAUAUGGGCAAAGUGGAUCUGCCCCCAGAACACGUCCGUAAAAUUAUUAAGGACCACGGUGAUAUGAGCAAUCGCAAGUUCCGAAACGACAAGCGUGUUCAUCUUGGUGCUCUCAAGUAUGUGCCUCACGCAGUCAUGAAGCUGCUGGAGAACAUUCCAUAUCCAUGGGAGCAAGUCCGUGAAGUUCCAGUGCUAUACCACAUCACUGGAGCGAUUACAUUUGUCAACGAAAUCCCUCGAGUUAUCGAGCCAAUCUAUCACGCCCAAUGGAGCACUAUGUGGCUGGCGAUGCGAAGAGAGAAGCGGGACCGACGACACUUCAAGCGGAUGCGUUUCCCUCCAUUUGACGAUGAGGAACCUCCUCUGGAUUAUGGUGAUAACGUUCUGGAUGUGGAACCACUCGAGGCCAUACAACUUGAGCUUGACUCAGAAGAAGAUUCUGCCAUCAUCGACUGGUUUUACGAUGCUAAACCCCUCGUCGACACACCCGCUGUUAACGGCUCUUCUUAUAAAUACUGGUCAUUGACGCUACCCGUAAUGGCAAACUUGUAUCGGCUGGGUCGAACCCUUCUCUCAGACCAGCCCGACCAGAACUCCAACUACCUCUUCGACAAAAAGUCUUUCUUCUCUGCAAAGGCUUUGAACAUGGCUAUUCCAGGAGGUCCCAAGUUUGAGCCGCUGUAUCGUGAUAUGGACUCAUUUGAUGAGGAUUGGAACGAGUUCAAUGACAUUAACAAGGUCAUUAUCCGGCAGCCAAUCAGGACGGAGUACAAGGUCGCCUUCCCUCAUCUAUACAACUCCCUUCCACGCUCGGUACACAUUUCACCAUACCAUGCCGCCAAAAAUGUCUACAUUCGCACUGAUGACCCCGACCUCCCUGCUUUCUACUUUGACCCUCUCAUCAACCCUAUCUCCCUCCGUGGUCAUACCGCCAACAAUGCGCCUUUAGUGUCGCAUGAAGACAGCAUCUUUGGACCCAAUGGUGCGGACGAUGACGCCUUUAUCCUUCCCGACGAGGUGGAGCCCUUCCUCGAGGAGAAAGAUAUCGAGAACGAUAUAACGGCCGACGGUAUCGCUUUGUGGUGGGCACCUGAACCAUACAACCGUCGCUCUGGACGCAUGCGCCGUGCUCAAGACAUUCCUUUAGUAAAGAAUUGGUACCUUGAGCAUUGUCCACCUAAUCAGCCGGUCAAAGUUCGGGUGUCAUACCAGAAGCUCCUGAAGUGUUUUGUCUUGAAUGAACUCCAUACAAGACCUGAGAAAGCGAUGAUGAAGAAGAAUCUUUUCCGCCAGUUGAAAGCAACAAAGUUUUUCCAGACGACAAAAUUGGAUUGGGUUGAAGCUGGACUGCAAGUCUGUCGGCAGGGCUAUAACAUGCUCAACCUCCUGAUUCAUCGCAAGAACCUCAACUACCUUCAUUUGGAUUACAACAUGAACUUGAAGCCCGUCAAAACACUAACCACGAAAGAACGUAAAAAAUCUCGCUUCGGAAAUGCUUUCCAUCUGUGUCGAGAGAUUCUUCGUUUGACCAAGUUGGUUGUUGACGCACACGUUCAAUUUCGGCUGGGAAAUGUGGAUGCCUUCCAGCUUGCUGAUGCGCUACAGUAUAUCUUUGCGCACAUUGGGGCUCUCACCGGCAUGUAUCGAUACAAAUACAAGCUUAUGAGACAAGUUCGUAUGACCAAGGAUUUGAAGCAUUUGAUCUACUAUCGUUUCAAUACCGGACCCGUAGGGAAAGGUCCGGGAUGUGGUUUCUGGGCUCCUGGUUGGCGUGUUUGGCUUUUCUUCAUGCGUGGCAUUGUACCGCUCUUGGAACGAUGGCUUGGUAACCUUCUCGCACGUCAAUUUGAAGGACGUAACAGCAAGGGAAUCGCCAAAACUGUAACGAAGCAGCGUGUCGAGUCGCACUAUGAUUUAGAAUUGCGGGCAGCCGUUAUGCAUGAUAUUCUCGACAUGAUGCCUGAAUCAAUCAAGCAGAACAAGUCAAAGACCAUCUUACAACACUUGUCGGAAGCUUGGAGAUGUUGGAAGGCGAACAUCCCCUGGAAAGUUCCUGGCAUGCCUACGGCAAUCGAAAACAUCAUCUUGCGGUAUAUCAAGAGUAAGGCUGAUUGGUGGUGCUCUGUUGCCCACUAUAAUCGUGAGCGUAUCAGACGGGGUGCUACUGUCGACAAGGCUGUGGUAAAGAAGAACCUCGGUCGCUUAACUCGUCUCUACCUCAAGGCGGAGCAGGAACGUCAGCAUGGGUAUCUCAAAGAUGGCCCUUACAUCACGGCCGAAGAAGCCGUAGCCAUUUAUACGGCCACUGUUCAUUGGCUGGAGAGCCGGAAAUUUGCACCCAUUCCCUUCCCUCCGCUGUCGUACAAGCACGACACCAAACUACUUGUUCUAGCGCUUGAGAAGCUCAAGGAGGCAUAUUCGGUAAAGGGACGACUCAAUCAGUCUCAGCGUGAAGAACUCGCGUUGAUCGAACAAGCAUAUGAUAAUCCUCAUGAAUGUCUGUCACGGAUCAAGCGUCUACUCCUCACCCAACGGGCGUUCAAGGAGUCUGGCAUCGAGUUCUUCGACACCUACGACAAGCUUAUCCCCUGCUAUGACAUUGAACCUGUUGAGAAGAUUACUGAUGCUUAUCUCGACCAAUUCCUCUUCUUUGAGGCGGACAAGCGUGGCCUGUUCCCUGCGUGGAUCAAACCCGCUGACACCGAGCCUCCCCCACUGCUUGUUUACAAGUGGUGUCAAGGCAUAAAUAAUCUGACUGAUAUUUGGGGAACAAGCGAAGGAGAAUGCAAUGUUCUAAUGGAGACUGUCCUGUCUAAGGUGUAUGAGAAGAUAGACCUGACAUUGCUCAAUCGUCUCCUCCGUUUGAUUCUAGAUCAUAAUCUUGCUGAUUAUAUAACGGCUAAGAACAACACUGUGUUGACGUACAAGGAUAUGGCGCACACCAACGCUUUUGGUCUUAUACGGGGACUGCAAUUUUCCGCCUUCGUUUUUCAGUACUAUGGUCUAAUCUUGGACUUGUUAAUCCUAGGUCUUCAACGGGCUAGCGAAAUGGCCGGACCUCCUCAAAUGCCGAACAACUUCCUGCAAUAUCGGGACUCUACUACGGAAACCCGGCAUCCCAUCCGACUAUACUCCCGUUACGUCGACAGGCUUCACAUUCUAUUCCGGUUCACCGCGGACGAGUCCCGAGAUCUUAUUCAAAGGUAUCUUUCGGCCAAUCCGGAUCCGACUAACAACAAUGUCAUCGGGUACAACAACAAGAGAUGCUGGCCAAGAGACUGCAGGAUGAGGCUAAUCAAACACGAUGUUAAUUUGGGUCGUGCAGUCUUCUGGAACGUCAAGCAGUCUCUUCCUAGGUCCUUGACAACGAUAGAAUGGGAGGAUACAUUCGUCAGCGUGUACUCGCAGAACAAUCCGCAGCUAUUGUUUUCGAUGUGCGGCUUUGAAAUCCGCAUCUUGCCGAAGAUCAGGACCAUGAGUGGGGAGCAAUUCUCAUUGAAGGACGCCGUCUGGAACUUGACGAAUGAGCAAACGAAGGAGCGUACCGCUCAGGCAUUCCUCAGGGUAUCCGAUGAAGGUGUUCAACAGUUCAACAACAGGAUCCGACAGGUGCUCAUGAGCUCUGGUUCUACCACGUUCUCCAAGAUCGUGAACAAAUGGAACACAGCUCUCAUCGGUCUUAUGACCUACUACCGCGAAGCUGUUAUCCAUACCAAUGAACUACUGGAUUCCCUUGUCAAGGCAGAAAACAAGAUUCAGACUCGAGUCAAGAUUGGUCUUAACAGUAAGAUGCCUUCCCGUUUCCCUCCAGUCGUCUUCUAUACACCAAAGGAGCUGGGUGGUUUGGGAAUGUUAUCUAUGGGACACGUACUUAUACCACAGAGCGAUCUUCGCUGGUCUAAGCAAACGGAUGUUGCAGUUACUCAUUUCCGCGCUGGUAUGAGCCACGAGGAAGACCAGUUGAUACCCAAUUUGUAUCGUUACCUCCAACCUUGGGAAGCCGAGUUUCUCGAUUCGGCACGGGUUUGGUCUGAAUAUUCCAUGAAGCGGAAGGAGGCCAAUGCUCAGAACAGACGUUUGACACUAGAGGACCUGGAGGAUAGUUGGGAUCGUGGCAUUCCUCGCAUCAACACUCUGUUCCAGAAGGAUCGUCACACGCUUGCCUAUGAUCGCGGUUGGCGUGUAAGGACUGAUUGGAAGCAGUACCAGCUUCUCAAACAUAAUCCUUUCUGGUGGACUUCGCAGCGGCACGACGGUAAACUUUGGCAACUCAAUAAUUAUCGUGUGGACGUUAUUGCGGCCUUGGGUGGUGUUGAAGGCAUCUUAGAACACACGCUAUUUAAGGGCACUUACUUCCCCACUUGGGAAGGCCUGUUCUGGGAAAAGGCUUCUGGAUUCGAGGAGUCGAUGAGGUACAAGAAACUCACCAAUGCCCAGCGUUCAGGUCUUAAUCAGAUACCUAAUCGACGAUUCACUCUUUGGUGGAGUCCGACAAUCAACCGUGCCAACGUGUAUGUUGGUUUCCAGGUGCAACUUGAUCUUACAGGCAUCUUCAUGCACGGAAAGAUUCCAACGCUCAAAAUCAGUUUGAUCCAGAUCUUCCGAGCCCAUCUAUGGCAAAAGAUCCAUGAGAGUGUCGUCAUGGAUUUGUGUCAAGUAUUCGAUCAGGAGCUGGAGCCCUUGCAAAUCGAGACUGUCCAGAAAGAGACGAUUCAUCCUCGUAAGAGCUACAAGAUGAACAGCUCUUGCGCAGAUAUUUUGCUCUUUUCAGCUUACAAGUGGAACAUCUCCCGACCAUCCCUUGUGACGGACGUCAAGGAUGUACUAGAUGGCACUACCAGCAACAAAUAUUGGAUUGACGUCCAGUUAAGAUGGGGUGAUUUCGAUACACACGACAUUGAGCGUUAUACUCGUGCCAAAUUCCUGGACUACGUUUCGGAUUCCAUGAGUAUCUACCCGUCGCCAACAGGAGUGAUGAUCGGCAUGGACCUGGCCUACAACCUGUGGUCGGCGUAUGGCAACUGGUUCCCUGGCAUGAAGCCUCUUAUCCAGCAAGCAAUGGCCAAAAUCAUGAAAGCCAAUCCAGCCUGCCAUGUGCUGCGAGAACGUAUACGUAAAGGUUUACAACUAUAUUCGUCCGAGCCAACAGAGCCGUACUUGAACAGUCAGAAUUAUUCGGAGUUGUUCUCCAACCAGAUCAUCUGGUUCGUGGACGACACGAACGUCUACCGUGUUACCAUACAUAAGACGUUCGAAGGAAACUUGACUACUAAGCCCAUUAACGGUGCUAUCUUCAUCUUCAACCCUAGAUCUGGUCAAUUGUUCUUGAAGAUCAUUCACACUAGUGUUUGGGCUGGUCAGAAACGUCUUGGUCAGCUGGCGAAAUGGAAAACCGCUGAGGAGGUGGCUGCUCUCGUUCGCUCCUUGCCUGUCGAAGAACAGCCCAAGCAGGUUAUCGUCACUCGUAAGGGCAUGCUGGAUCCUCUUGAGGUUCAUCUGUUAGAUUUCCCUAACAUCGUUAUUAAGGGUAGUGAACUGCAGUUGCCCUUCCAAGCGUGCAUGAAGAUGGAGAAAUUCGGUGAUCUUAUUCUAAGAGCUACGCAACCGCAGAUGGUCCUCUUCAGUCUAUAUGAUGACUGGUUGAAGUCGAUCUCGAGUUACACCGCCUUCUCCAGGCUGAUCCUUCUGUUGCGUGGUUUGCACGUCAACAAUGAGAAGGCCAAGAUUAUCCUGCACCCUGACAAAACAACGAUAACUGAGCCUCACUUCGUCUGGCCAACACUCAGUGAUGAAGAAUGGAUCAAGGUUGAAGUUGCAAUGAAGGAAUUGAUCUUGGCGGACUUUGGGAAAAGAAACAGCGUCAAUAUCGCAUCCUUAACAGUUAGUGAAGUCCGGGAUAUUAUCUUAGGUCAAGAGAUCGCAGCGCCAUCGGUCCAACGCCAACAAAUGGCGGAGUUGGAGAAGAGUUCUGAAGCGCAGAGCCAGGUUACGGCGGUACAAACACAAACCACGAACGUACACGGUGAUACGAUUCAAACGGUGACAACGACCAAUUACGAGCAGCAAGUGUUUAGCAGCAAGUCCGACUGGCGUGUUCGAGCUAUAUCGUCAACACAUCUUUCGCUUCGUCUCCAGCACAUAUACGUGUCCAACGACGACGUCAAGGACGAUGCGGCCUCAUACACUUACGUCUUACCAAAGAACAUCCUUCGUGCAUUUAUUACUGCCGCGGAUCUGCGUACUCAAGUGGCUGCAUAUCUAUACGGUGUCUCUCCUCCUGACAACAAGCAGGUGAAGGAGAUCAAGGCAGUCGUGUGGGUUCCUCAACGCGGAAGCAAUAACAGUAUCGAGUUGCCGUCUCGGAUGCCGAAAGAUGAUUUCCUGCUGAAAGAUGUUGAGUUCCUGGGAUGGAUCAAGACACAGGCUUUGGAAAUCAACCACAUGUCCCCCACAGAUAUCACGACGCAAGCCAAAUUAAUGGCGGACCAUCCUGAACUCGGAUCGUCUUGCAUUUGUAUCACCGCUUCCUUCACUCCUGGAUCUGUUUCAUUGUCAGGACAUUCCCUCACACCCAGUGGAUUUGAAUGGGGCAGAAAGAAUGCGGACAAUUCUUCAAAUCCUCCCGGCUUCAAUCCUAACAUGUCAGAGCGGGUUCAGUUGCUUUUAUCUGAUCGUGUCCUAGGCAUGACAUUAGUUCCGGAGGGCAGAGUGUGGAAUUAUGGCAUUGGUCUUACCCAGCUUUGGUCGCCCAACCUCCCCUAUGCUAUGACGUUAGAUACUCCUCUGUUGUUCUGGGCUGAGGAGCACCGGCCGGCGGCAUUCUUGACAUUCGCUAAUCUCGAGCAAGGAGAGGACAGCGCUGAUGUUGAGAAUAGCUUUGCUUGAUUUUGUUGUGAAAUUCAUUAGCUACGUAGUACUACUUAUUGGCACAUCUAUAUUUUUAUGUAAUUGUAUUGCACAAACUGUAUAUCUAAAACGUUACAACCGAUCCGUGAGUAUAA